AUGACUGCAAACGAUCAGAACAGCAUUCCAGAUACCCUGAGCGCGCCAAAAGUCAGCAUCAGCGUUAAAAAUCUGAACAUGCAAUACGACAACAGUUUUGCUUUGAAAAACAUCAACGUCGACAUACCCGCGCAGAAAGUGACCGCCUUUAUCGGCCCUUCAGGCUGCGGCAAAUCUACCCUGUUACGUUGUUUCAAUCGUAUGAACGAUCUGAUCAACAACGCGAUGAUCGACGGCAGCAUCGAACUGGAAGGGGACAACAUCUAUGACCCGAGAGUAGAUGUCGCAGAACUCCGACGCCGCGUUGGCAUGGUUUUCCAGCGUCCCAAUCCAUUCCCUAAAACCGUUUAUGAGAACGUUGCCUAUGGGCUCAGAAUCCAGGGCGAGAAAUCUACCGCAGUGAUUGAUCAGAGCGUGGAAUGGGCACUGCGCAGCGCAGCGCUCUGGGAGGAAGUGCGCGACCGCCUGCACGAAUCUGCACUGAGUCUUUCUGGCGGGCAGCAGCAGCGAUUGGUUAUUGCACGGGCAAUCGCGGUAAAACCAUCUGUACUUCUGCUGGAUGAGCCCGCAUCCGCACUGGACCCGAUUUCCACUCUGAAAAUUGAGGAACUGAUCCAUCAGCUCAAAGAUGAUUACACCAUCGUGAUUGUCACCCACAAUAUGCAGCAGGCGGCAAGAGUUUCAGAUUUCACCGCGUUCCUGAAUCUAGGUGAGCUGGUGGAAUAUGGCGACACGGAUACGAUUUUUCGUUUCCCGAAAGAAAAAAAACAGUACGACCUUGAACUGGGUGGUAUCCGCGACCAGCUGAUGGAAAUGGGUGGCCUGGUUGAACAACAGGUGAAAGAUGCCUGCCUUGCUUAUUUCACCCAUGACCUGUCUCUGGCGGAAGACGUUCGCGUAAAUGAGAAAAAACUUAAUCGCAUGGAACUGCGUCUGGAUGAUCAAUGUGUAGGCAUCAUCGCCCGGCGUCAGCCUGCGGCCGGAGAUUUACGCAAUAUUGUUGGUGUGAUGAAGGCCAUCACUGACCUGGAACGUAUUGGUGAUGAAGCCAACAGAAUCGCUAAAAUGUCGAUCAAGAUUGCCAGUCACGAAAUUCCUACCCAUCAAUAUGGCGACUUGCGUGCCAUGCACGACAAGGUCAACGUCAUGCUGACGGAAACCCUUGAUGCGUUUGCACGGGUCAAUGAAGACGUUGCGCAACUAGUGAUUCGCGCUGAUGACGCCGUUGAUGAUCUCUAUGAUGCGAUUGUCGCCCAAUGCACCCUUCAAAUGCAGAAGGAUCCCGCUAACAUCCCGCACCUGCUGAGCACAAUCUGGGUUGCCCGUUCGCUUGAGCGUAUUGGUGACCAUGCAAAAAAUAUGGCCGAAUAUGUCAUUUUCCAGGUAUUGGGCAAGGAUGUACGCCACCCAAGCAGUGCAAAGACCUGA